UCUGAAGAAGACUGUUGCUACUACAAAUUCAAAGUCUCCUCUUUCUCAUUCGGAAAGGAGAAAAAAAAAAAAAGAAAAAAUCCCUCUCCGAUUCCCAAUUCCGCCGUCGCCUUCUUCCCCAAACCCACCACAUUCACAUUUCAGCCCCACCCCUAGGGUUAGGGUUAGGGUUUCGUUUCUUCUCCGAACAGACAAAUCUUCGGCCGACGAUGGGUCGCGGCGGCGCACUCGCGGAGAGCGUGGUGAAGAAGGUCCUCCUCUCCUACGCCUACGUCGCGAUCUGGAUCUUCCUCAGCUUCACCGUUAUCGUCUACAACAAAUACAUCCUCGAUCGGAAAAUGUACAACUGGCCAUUCCCGAUCACCCUCACCAUGAUCCACAUGGCCUUCUGCUCCUCCAUCGCUUACCUCCUCGUCAACGUCUUCAAGCUCGUCGAGCCGGUUUCCAUGUCGCGCGAGCUUUAUCUCAAGUCCGUCGUCCCGAUCGGCCUUCUCUACUCCCUCUCUCUCUGGUUCUCCAAUUCCGCUUACAUAUUCCUCUCCGUUUCCUUCAUCCAGAUGCUCAAGGCUCUGAUGCCGGUGGCGGUGUAUUCGAUCGGGGUUUUGUUCAAGAAAGACGCCUUCAAGUCCGACACGAUGCUCAACAUGGUCUCGAUCUCGAUCGGCGUCGCGAUCGCCGCCUACGGCGAGGCGAAGUUUGAUUCCUGGGGCGUUUUGCUGCAAUUGCUGGCUGUGGCCUUCGAGGCGACGAGACUGGUGUUGAUUCAGAUUCUGCUCAAUGCGAAAGGAAUCAGUCUGAACCCGAUCACCUCGCUGUACUACGUCGCGCCGUGCUGCUUCGUCUUCCUCUGCGUUCCGUGGCUGAUUGUGGAGUACCCGUUGUUGAGGGACACUUCGAGUUUCCAUUUUGAUUUUGUCGUCUUUGGGACGAAUGCGCUAUGCGCUUUCGCGCUGAACCUUGCGGUGUUCUUGCUCGUUGGAAAGACCUCGGCUUUGACGAUGAAUGUGGCCGGAGUUGUGAAAGAUUGGCUCUUGAUCGCAUUCUCGUGGUCGGUUAUUAAGGACACUGUGACGCCGAUCAAUCUGUUCGGAUACGGAUUGGCUUUCUUAGGGGUUGCGUAUUACAACCACGCGAAAUUGCAGGGCCUGAAAGCCGCGGAGGCGCAGAAGAAGGCGCAGCAGGCCGAUGAGGAGGCCGGGAGGUUGCUUGAGGAGAGGGAAAGUGAUGGCAGUGCUAUGAAGAGCGAGACACAGAGUUGAUUCGAUGGCUAAACCCGAAGCCUUUAAUUAGAUAGAAGACAAUGAUAUGAAAGAGCAAGGAAAAUCUCUGUUUCGGAGCUGCUUUUUACAGUCUAGAAUUGCCAGGUUUUGAUUAUUGGUUAUCCGGGUUUAGGAAUUUAUCAUAAUAUUAUUUAGGAUUUUUGUUUCUCUUUACACUUAUAGAUGGUUUAAUUUGGUCGCUCAUUGUUGCCGUUUUAUACCUGUGAUCAUAAAGAUUAACGUGAAGCUGUAUUUGGGGUGAUUCCUAAAUACUUUGAUUAGUAAUUUAGUAUAGGGCAUAAUUGAGGAAGGUUGGAUAUGUACUUUUUUCUGUUGAUUAUAUACUUAUCGUUCGGUA